AUGACAACAGCGGAUAGGUUGUUAGGCAAUGCGGAUGCCAAUCUUGAUUAUAUAAAACAAUUGGCUUUUGAAAAUGCUAAUCCUGCAUGUCAGGCAGCCAUUAGGCCCCGCAAAAAUAAAACUGACCUCCAAAGAUAUAUUCGUCUUUGCUCGGACAUUGGCUCCUCUUAUCAACAAGGUCUAGCCAUGGCCGCAGCCCUCAGUGGACAAACACCCCCUGGUACUUUUGGACUUGUUCGAGGUCGCGGCUGUUCAAUAUUCAAAGGGCUACAAAUUUUUCCUAGAGUAAUUGAUCAUGAUUUUACUGGAGAAAUUAAGCUUCUGGCCAAAGCAACUGCUGACAUUGUCACGAUUCCACAAGGAGAAAGAGCAGCUCAGCUUAUCCUACUUCCCCUAGUUAAAACAAAUAAUAAAGCCCAUAAUAUUGUGAGAGGUGCAGACAAUUUUGGAUCCUCAGAUGCUUACUGGGUCCAACAGAUUUCCCGUCAAAAACCCUCUCUUACCUUAUGGUUGGAUGGUAAACAAUUCACUGGCCUAAUAGAUACUGGGGCUGAUGUUACUAUCAUUAGACAAGAGGACUGGCCCGCCACCUGGCCCCUUUGUGAUACCUUAACCAAUCUAAAGGGAAUUGGACAAAGCCGCAAUCCUAAACAGAGUUCUAAAUUUCUUACAUGGACAGAUAAGGAAAAUAAUUCAGGUCUUAUUCAGCCGUAUGUCAUCCCUUACUUGCCUGUCAAUCUUUGGGGCAGGGAUCUGCUCUCACAAAUGAAAAUAAUAAUGUGCAGCCCUAAUGAAAUAGUUACAGCACAGACACUGGCUCAAGGCUAUAGUCCAGGCAAAGGUUUAGGAAAACAGGAACAAGAAUUUGGUNAUGCCAAUCUUGAUUGCAUAAAACAAUUGGCUUUUGAAAAUGCUAAUCCUGCAUGUCAGGCAGCCAUUAGGCCCCGCAAAAAUAAAGCUGACCUCCAAGGAUAUAUUCGUCUUUGCUCGGACAUUGGCUCCUCUUAUCAACAAGGUCUAGCCAUGGCCGCAGCCCUCAGUGGACAAACAGUAAAGGAUUUUUUAGGGGUCAUGGCAACCAGCACUUUCUUCCUGAUUGUUGGUUUGUCUGCUCAGCUGCCCAAGGUCCAGUCCAGCUUUGGAGAUCCUGGACUCACUCGCCAAUUGGUGAACAAACAGUACAGAAAACCAUGUGAUUGCAAGGGGGGGACUGUUUGUAGUCCUCCUACAUCAUACAUACCUGUUGUAGAUUGUGACACGCAUUCAGCUUAUUUGUCCUCAUCAUCUCCCACUUAUAGUUGUGUUGAAAAUCCUAAGUUCAUAGCCAGCAGUGGUGGGAGCCUUAAGCCAUGUCCUUGCAGCACGUUUGCUGAAUCUAUGCAUAGCACUUGUUAUUCUUCAUACCAAUUGUGCACUUCUGGAAACCAAACAUACUUCACAGCCACCCUGAUUAAAAAUUAUGCAGGGACUUUUGGAGGGGAUCUUGCAGGUCCUCCUUCUGCUGUUGGGCUUGCCUCGAAUAAUUACGCCCAAGCCCCUUGUACAGGUUCAGUAGGUCAACCUGUUUGUUGGUCCACUACUCCCUCCGUUCACAUAUCUGAUGGAGGAGGCCCUCAAGACCAAACUAGAAUUCUAAAGGUGGAAACAAAAAUUCAAGAAAUGCAUGACAUUUUGUUUCCUCAACUUACCUAUCACCCCCUGGCCCUGCCAAAGAACAGGGGUGAUUUAGAGCUUGAUCAUCAGACCUCCAACCUUCUUUAUGCAACUCAUAAGUUGCUUAAUGCCACCAAUCCUGAUCUUGCUCAAAAUUGUUGGCUCUGUCUGAUAAUAGGACAGCCUGUCCCUGUUGCUUUUCCCGCUUUGUUUCUUAAUUAUUCUGUUGGUCAUCAGUGUUCAUUAACUUUCCCUUUGCAGGUACAACCUUUACAGUUUUAUAAUGCUACUUGUUUCAUUUCCCCUUCAGUUAAUAAUAGUUUUGAGAUCAACAUUGGGUUUGCUACAUUUGCAAAUUGUCAGUCACUUAUCAACAUUUCUACUUCCUUGUGUUCCCAUAACAGUUCGGUUUUUGUCUGUGGUAGCAAUAAGGCUUAUGCCCAUUUGCCCACUAACUGGACAGGGUUUUGUGUUUUGGCUCUCCUUCUGCCCGAUAUAGAUGUUAUAUCUGGGAGUGAGCCCGUCCCUGUCACUACUUUUGAGCAUAUAGCUGGAAGAUCUAAAAGGGCUGUACAGCUUAUUCCUUUACUUGCUGGUUUGGGAAUUUCUGUAGCAGUUGCUACUGGAACUGCCGGUCUCACCCAUUCUCUAUCUCAAUAUACAAAAUUGUCUACCCAGCUGAUUUCGGAUGUACAAGCCCUUUCCCAAACUAUACAGGACUUCCAAGACCAAUUAGAUUCCCUGGCAGAAGUAGUCUUACAAAACAGAAGGGGUCUCGAUUUACUAACUGCAGAACAAGGAGGUGUUUGUUUAGCCCUACAGGAAAGAUGUUGCUUCUAUGCCAACAAAUCCGGGAUAGUUCAAGACCGUCUCAAAGCAACUCAACAUAGAUUCCAAAUCAUUAGGUUCCAAACAGAUGCUGUAGCCAAAUUUGGUGUCAUUUUUUUCUUAUGGCAUAUUGUAUUCAAAGUCCUCCAGCAUCAGGAAAUCAGUGACAAUUUUACAGGCUCUAAAGAAGUUAUUGAUUUUGUUGCAAGUCACCCAAACUUCAGCAUUACAGAGUUUGUCAGGAACAAUGGGUUUUAUCUCCACGAUAGCACUUUGUUGAAAUGUGACUUUUUUGGAAAGCCAUGUGGCCCAAAGGAUUUUGCACAUGUCUUCACUGAAUAUGGGAAUUGUUUUACUUUUAAUUAUGGUGAAAAUAGCCAAGCAAAGACAAAAGUGAGUGUCUCUGGAGGAGGCUUAAACUUGCUCUUCAGUGUCAAUCCGGAGAAAUUUACUGAUAACCCAGGCCUUGGUUUUGCUGAUCCUAGGAUCAUCUUUGCUGUUCAUUCACCACAGAAAGUGUCACAGUUUGAUGGUUUAGGCUUGUCCUCACCUGUAGGAAUGAACGCUCGGGUAACAAUUCGCCUAGUGAAGACAGUUCAUGAAGACUACCCUUGGAGAGAAUGCAAUGCUAACAUCGAGCUGCAGAAUUUUAGCAGCUACAGCACUUAUGGCUGCUUGAAGGAAGGCAAAACCCAGCACAUAGAAAAGCACUGUGGAUGUUUGCCUUUUCCGCUUCCUGAGAAUCUUGCAAACAUUGAAAUAAAGUAGUACCGUGACUUAAAUUAUAAAAUAACACAGCAAAAAAAGCAGGGAGUGUGUCCUACUUACUUGGUAACAAAUGUUGGCAGUCAGCUGGGUCUAUUUUGUGGGGCCAGUAUGAUUACAAUUAUAGAAAUUAUUGAAUACAUAAUCACCAAUUUCUAGUGGAUGUGCAUUCUCUUUUUGCUUAAGAUACCUGAAGUGACUCAGUGGGCUCUUCCUCCUCAGAAUCAUCUGGGGAAUAAAAGUAGGAUAGAGGAAUGCUAA